GUAUCAUUGUCCGGCACAAGUACAAAUGGUACAAUACAGGCUUUAUUAUCUACCGUCACCAUGUCGCGUCGCAGAGUUGCCUACUACUUCGACAGCGAUGUAGGAGCGUAUACCUAUGGGUAUGGUCACUCGAUGAAGCCACACAGAAUACAAAUGACCCACGAGUUGGUUACAAGCUACGGAAUGCUGGAGAAGAUGCAUGUCUUGAAACCCCCACGCUGCUCGCCACAACAAAUGACCGCCUUCCACACCGACGAAUACAUCCACUUCCUCAGCAGGGCUACGCCAGAGAUGACCCAAGAAAUGAACCCAGCAAUUCUUGGAUACCCCGAUGAUAAUCCUCCAUUUGACGGCGUGUUUGAAUUUUGCUCCAUUUCAGCAGGCGGUUCAAUAGGUUCGACAAUUUGCAUCAAUUGGGCCGGCGGCCUCCAUCAUGCCAAAAAAGCAGAAGCCUCCGGUUUCUGCUACGUCAAUGAUAUCGUCCUGUGCAUUCUAGAGCUCUUGCGCACCUACUCAAGAGUCACCUACUUUGAUAUUGACUGCCACCACGGCGUCGAGGAGGCCUUUCUAUCUACCGAACGGGUCAUGACAUGCAGUUUUCAUAAAUCCGGCGCGUUCUUCCCUGGGACGGGACUGCGUACAGACCAGGGCAAGGGCAGAGGCAAGGGUUAUGCAGUUAACACUGAGUCUUUCAAAAGCAUAUUCGAACCGGUCGCUUCAAAAAUUCUGGAAGUAUUUCAACCUGCCGUGGUUGUACUGCAAUGCGGCGCCGAUUCGCUCUCUGGAGAUAGGUUGGGUUGCUUCAACAUUUCAAUGCAGGGACAUGCGAACUGCGUCAAGUUCUUUCGAGAUAGAAACAUCCCACUCAUUCUACUAGGCGGAGGAGGUUACACUAUCAAAAAUGUCGCGCGAACAUGGACGUACGAGACGGCGUGUGCCUUGGGCAUCGAGAAUACGCUUGGGGAUUUUCUUCCUUGGCACAAUCACUUUGAAUGCUUUGGCCCGCGUUAUCGUUUAGAAGUGGCCACUCACAACGCAGAUGACGAAAAUUUGAAGGACAACUAUCUUGAUCAAGUCAGGACGAGCGUUCUAGAACAGAUAUCCGGACUCUCGUGUGCGCCAUCGGUUGGGCUGCAUGACGUACCUCGAGAGGAUAUUGGAACACAUCUGGGGAUGAUAUUUGAUGAUGAUAUGGAUAUUCAGGACGAUCUAGAUAGGCAACUUUAUGAACACGCUAGAGACGUGUACAACCAAAUUCCUACAUCAGGUUCCGAAGAGGAACUUGAAGACUCUGAUGGCGCGUCGACGUCGUACUCUCAUGCCUCGUCUCAGCGUGGGCCACCUCGACAUAAGCGCAUGAGUAUUGUCACAAAUGAGUGGCAUACGCUGCCUUCACAGACCCCCGUUUCUUCGAUAGCCAAACGCCGGUUCUUUGCCAGCACUGGCAUGCCAUAAUGUAUUCUUGAUUACACUUGUACAUACAUAACUAUUAACACGAGAAAUCUAAUGUAUAUAUGGCUUUACCUCGAGUACUCAUCGCAACUUCUGAAUUGGGG